AUGGACACGUGCGGGUUUAUAGGCCAACUCAAGAACCUUUCAAAUACUGCCAUGAAUUUGACAACAGUUGUGUAUCGGGACUCGUUAAACAUAGCUAUUGUCAAGAAUGUGAUAACUGUGGUCCUCUGUAUCGCCAUCAUCUACUUCAACGGCACCUUGGUGCACACAUUCAAAAAACACGAGGUUUUCAACACAAAUCCUCGUUACAUCCUGUACAUUCAUCUGGUAAUCAAUGAUAUCCUCCUGCUCAUCAUGUUCACCCUCUUUCAAGUUCUCAGUUACACCAUAUUCACUCUUCAUGUGUCUUUAUGUAUUAUUUUGCUAGUGAUUGCCAUAAUUUCCACCCUUAACAAUCCCCUGACCCUCGCUGUGAUGGCAGUAGAGUGUUAUGUUGCUAUAUGCUUCCCUCUCCAGCACUCACAGAUCUGUACAGUCAAAAAUGUAACUGUUGUGAUCACAGUGAUAUGGGUGCUAAGUUCACUUUCAAUUCUGCCAGAUUUAUUCACCAUCUUGGCCACAGAAUCCAGAGAUUUCUUUCAUUCAAGAGUUUUCUGCCUUUGGAACACAAUUUUCAGACUUCCUGAGCUAGAAAAGAAGAGAGACAUAUCCAACAUUGUAUUUCUGGUUAUUGUUUGGCUCACCCUUGUCUACACAUAUUUCAGAAUCCUUUUCACUGCACAGGCAGCUGCUGCAAACGCCAGGAAAGCAAGAAACACUGUACUGCUGCAUGGCUUCCAGCUGCUGCUGUGCAUGCUCACCUACGUGUAUGAUUUGCUGCUGAAUGGUUUGACAUCCUUGUUUCCAAGUGGAGUACUGACUAUUCGCUACACAAUCUCAAUACUAGUACAUGUUGUGCCUCGAAUCAUCAGUCCAAUUGUUUAUGGGAUACGAGAUAAGAUGUUCAGAAAGUACCUGAAAAAAUACUGGUUUCAUACAAAAAAUGCUAAUGCUCUUGUACACAGGUAA